AUGAAUCAUUCCACAUCCACAUUCAACUCUUUAUGGUCAUCCGUUCAGAGCAAACUUCCGAAAAACAUUUUUAACUUCACCAUCCGAUAUAUCAAUAACACACUUCCAACACGAAAGAACCUAUCAAAAUGGGGACUAUCAUCAACAUCCGAUUGCUCUUUCUGCUCCUCACCUGAAACGCUGCUCCAUGUGAUUGCUGGAUGUAAGACAUAUUUAGACGAAGGCCGGUUUACAUGGCGGCACGAUUCUGUUUUAAAUUUCCUCGCAUCCACUCUUACUGCUGUGAAAAAUUCCACACUUUACGCGGACAUUCCUGGUUUUAUGAAUCCAUCUGUUAUCACGGGAGAUCGUUUACGACCUGACCUUCUGCUGGUGACUGAAAACAGAUGUUUAUACAUCCUCGAGCUUACAGUCGGUUAUGAAUCCAAUCUGCAAGUUAACGCCAAUCGCAAGCGUCAAAAGUACCGUGAUCUAAUCAAUGAGCAGGAAGCAGAUUAUGAUAAAGUCAAUUUCGUCAAUUUAUCCUUAAGUACCUUCGGAGUUUUUGGCCGAUCUUCUGAAAAUUUCGAUGGCAUGCUAAGUAGCCUUAAAUGUGAUGCCAAGUAUAGUAAAUACAUAAAGAAGCAAAUCGUGAACAUAUGCAUACGAACAUAUUAUGUAUUUUCUAAAAGAAACAAGGUGUGGGAUAACCCAAAAUUAAUGUUAAUAUAAUCCUUCUUAAAAUAAUUAUUGUACAAUAAAUAUAUAGUAUCAAUUCAAGUAGACAUUGAUAAACUACCUGUAAAGCGAGGUUUAUCAUUGUAGUUGUGUAUAUCCUAAUAAUCAAUAAAUAAAGUUUCCAUUAUUAUUAUUAUUAUUAAUGUUAAACACUCCCAGAAGGGGUUUUCAGUGUUCAAUACAGAAGUUAUAAAAAGUAAUUACUUAAUUAAAUUAUAUUCUAAAAACUAUAUAAUAUACUAUUAACACCAAAAUAUAUAAUAUCAAGCUAGUUAUAUUUGAGCUCUUGUACUUAAAGACCUCAGUUAUAUCUCCGAGACGAAUUUCCAUCAAUUAUGGAUCAAAUUACAGCACAAAAAAUCUAAAUCACUGUUGGUCUGUGUCUCUUAUCGACCCCCAGACAGCCCGCUUGACUGCUUCGAAAAAUAUUUUAAACCUAAUUAUGUUCAUGCUCUGACGAUGGGAAAGUUGAUCAUUCUUCUUGGAGACCUAAACUGCGAUAUGCUUAAGCCCACACCUGGAUCAGCGUCUUUGAUCAAGACGACAAAAGAACUCAACCUUAACCAGUUAAUAAAAUCACCAACAAAAAUUACUGAAUCCAGUCAGACCCUCGUCGACGUUAUUUUCGUAUCCUCGCCAAGACUAGUAGUCAACAGCGGCGUCAUAGAAACCUGUAUCAGCGAUCAUUUCCCUGUGUAUGUAUCACUAAAACUUAAAACCGACAAAUCUCCACCAAACUAUAUCACUACCCGCAGCUACAAUAAAUACGACCCUGAUUUGUUCGCGAUCGAUCUGGCAUCCAACCGUGAUCGUCUUGUUUCCAUUUUCAGAAUGGACAAUGUUGAUGAAAAACUAACCAUUUUUAAUGAAAUAUUUUUAAAUACAUUGGAUAAACACGACCCAGUAAAGUCCAUAUAA